CUCCGAAGCCCGAACAGGCAAACACCUUCCUCUGUAUGGUUCCCAAUUGCUAAAAUUAAGGGUUCCAAUGCGGCGCCCGCCGCACCGACCGGCGGGCCGCCCCGCCUCCGCCCGCGGUUCCCUCCGCGGCGGCAGGCCAAGGUAGCUCGGACAGAAAUCCCAUCGCAUCGGUUUGUCGAAUGCGCAGGAGCCAUGGACGAAGACUACAACUUGGGAAGCAGCUCGGCGGACUGGGGCGGCGGCGAGCUGGCGGCCACCGCGCCCGAGCAGCAUCCGGCGGCCGGUCGCGUGUCGCGGCCGAACCAGAAGUGGUCGAAGAACUUCAGCACGGCGGAGGACGAGGCGCUGGUGCGGGCGUGGCUGGGCGUCGGCGUCGGCGUGGACCCGGCCCAGGGCGGCGAGCGCGCCGCCUACUGGAGGAGGAUCCACGACCGCUACCACGCCCGCGGCGGGGUCCAGUCCGGCCGCAACCAGAACUCCAUCACGCACCGCUGGUCCACCAUCCAGGACAGCGUCGGCAGGUUCGAGAGGUGCCUGGCGCGGGUCGACGGCGCCGGCCAGGAUGGGGUGAUAACCCAGGACGAGAUUAUGCAGGCACUUGCUCUGUACAAGGCCGAAGAUCAGAACAACAAGCCGUUUCAGUUCCUGCAUUGCUGGAACAUCCUGAGAACCCAUCAGAAGUGGAUCGACAGGUCUCAGAAACCGUCGUCCCAGAAGAAACAGAAGACCACUCCCAGUUCAAGUCCUAUUUCUUCUACCCUGCCAUAUUCUUCUCGCAAUGGCACAAAUCGAAAUGACAGCAAUAAAGAGGACGGCGUGAAUCAGCUGAUGGGUAAAGUAUGGGAUUGGAACAACAUGUAUGGAACCAACCUGAAGAAGUUUGAUGGAUCGGUUCUUGCUGCCAAUGAGGAUGGUGGAAGAUGCGAAGAUGAUGUCACAGCUCUCAGGGAGGAUCAUGGAGAUGACCCUAAAGAUGGCAGUAGUGGCCCUGAGUCCUCAGCAGAUAUUGAUGAUUGGCAAGACGGCCACCGUGUGGUGCAAUUUUUGGCCAUUUCUGCAAACUUCCCUAUCUGCGCAAUCAAUGGCUACGACGGGGAACAUGGCCGGUGCAUCUAUGCCCACUCGGAGGGCGAAGUACAAGAGGAUGGAAUGGUCGAUUUGGUGCCCAUUGGACCCUGUGAACUUCUCAUGGCUUACGGUGCCAUCGGCUUGGAAAUUUUCUAUUACACUACAGCCCGUGAUGAGGGGCAUUUUGUUAGGGAAGAUGAGGGGGGUCUACGGCCCCUUGGUCCUCGCAUUAUAGUGCAGUGGAAUGUUGAUGACAAUGAUGAAAUUGAGGGAUACACAAAAACCAUUAGUCCAGGCCCUGGCCGCGAUCUGGAGAUCACAUACUUGGUGAUUCCCACCGCCGUUCAGACUAGUGUUGAGGUCAGGUUGAAGCUCAAAGACCUCGGUUAUAGAAGCCGUGCUGUGUAUGGUAAGAUCAAGGCAAAUGCCAUUGACUAUAGGAACAAAAGGGUUCACCUCUUCAGUUGUGAUCGAGGGAGGUGCUUGUCCUUUCCCUCUGGCACCACAUCCAUUCUUCCCCUGAGCCCGUCUAAGAUUGCCUUGCCAUGUAGUCGGCUGCUCAAAUUCCACAUAGAGGUGGACUUGACAGUAAUCACUACCUGUGAGAGCCAUGAAGAAGACAAGAAUUUGAAAUUCAGUCUAGAAUUCACCCGUGGAAUUACGAGUCAAGAAAGAGAAGUCGAUGAUGAUCGAGUUCAAGUGGAAAUAAAAUAUGACUCGGAAUAUUGAUCAUCCGUACUACAAGCUGAGAUGCAAAGGGGUGCUGUAGUAGUUGCAGCAUCAGAAGAUGACUAUGGAACAAGUGAAGGGGUGCCGCUAUAGUCACAGCAGAAAAUCUGUAACUUCAUACGUGUUUGCCAAAUCAUGCUACCUAUUGUCGUUUUUAUUUCAACUGAACUAUUUGUGUCGUUCGGUGAGUAGGUAUCAAAAUAUAGCAUGAAGAUUCUGUGGCUGCAAAUUAAAUUUUUGAAGGGUUUUGGCACUAGGUCUUGUUAAUGUUGUGUGACCAAUCAGCAUACAAUUUAUAGAUGAAA